AUGGAAGCGAUCACAAAGGUCUACAAUGACCACCCGAAGACAGUCCUCUACACCUCGGCCGCUGCUCUGCGCAUCCUCCUUGCGGUGACCUUCCCAGGACUUCACGAACUUCUAGCUGGACGAGUAGAGAUCUCGACGCCAGUAAACAGCUUCAAGAGAUUGCAGGAAGGCUUGUUCCUCUACGAACGAGGACUCGAUCCGUACGAUGGCGGCAUCUUCCACCAGGUUAGCAAGACCAUGAAGCUGCUUGAGUGA